CGGGUCUAAGGAUUUACUUCCGGAGAGCGGGAAGGCUAAAACGAGGUGGCUGAAUUGGAAUCAAGCUUACGAGACUCUCGGUGGAAAGACUAUAGCCAUGGACAGGAGUGGCUUUGGAGGGAUGUUAUCCCCUGUGAUCCGAGAGGCAGAGGUGACGCGGACUGCCAAGAAACAGAGUGCUCAAAAAAAAGUUUUAAUUCGAGCAACCCAAGAUGAGAAUUUUAUUAACACUACACCAAGAAACCAGAUUAUCCCUCGAACUCCCAGCUCAUUUCGACAGCUUUUUACUCCACCAAACCGAAGUUUACUAAAGCAGCCAGAUGUUUCCUGCAUUCUUGGAACAGGAGGAAGGUCUCCACGGCUUACACAGUCUUCAGGGUUCUUGGGAAAUCUGUCCAUGGUAACUAAUUUGGAUGACAGUAAUUGGGCAACUACAUUCUCAUCCCAGCGUUCUGGGCUUUUCACAGAGCCUCACAAUGUGACAGAGGACAUAACACUCAGUGCUGUUAUGCUGCGUGAGGAUGAUCCUGGAGAAGCUGCAUCCAUGAGUAUGUUUUCUGAUUUCCUGCAGUCUUUUUUGAAGCACUCUUCAACUACAGUUUUUGAUCUUGUAGAAGAGUAUGAAAACAUUUGUGGUAGUCAGGUGAGUAUACUGAGUAAAAUAGUGAGCCGAGCGACUCCUGGACUUCAGAAGUUUUCAAAAACAGCCAGUAUGCUCUGGCUUCUUCAACAAGAGAUGGUCACAUGGAGACUGUUAGCUUCUUUAUAUAGAGAUAGAAUACAGUCUGCAUUAGAGGAUGAAAAUAUGUUUGCAGUUACUGCUUUUAGUGCCAGUGAAAAGGCAGUUGUGGAAGCAUUAUUUCAGAGAGAUUCACUUGUCCGACAAAGUCAGUUGGUGGUAGAUUGGUUAGAGAGCAUUGCCAAAGAUGAGAUUGGAGAUUUUUCUGAUAAUAUUGAGUUUUAUGCAAAAUCAGUAUAUUGGGAAAAUACUCUACAUACCUUGAAACAGCGACAGCUAACUUCUUAUAUAGGAACUGCCCGCCCACUGGUCACUGAAUUGGACCCUGAUGCCCCUAUAAGACAGAAAAUGCCCCUUGAUGAUCUGGAUAGAGAAGAUGAAGCCAGAUUACUCAAAUACAUUUUCACUCUAAUCCGUGCUGGGAUGACAGAAGAGGCACAACGGCUCUGUAAACGUUGUGGGCAGGCCUGGAGGGCUGCAACGCUUGAAGGCUGGAAGCUGUAUCAUGACCCUAAUGUUAAUGGAGGAAUGGAAUUAGAACCUGUUGAAGGGAAUCCCUAUAGAUGCAUUUGGAAAAUAAGUUGUUGGAGAAUGGCAGAAGAUGAGCUUUUUAAUAAAUAUGAGAGAGCAAUUUAUGCAGCUUUAAGUGGGAAUCUCAAGCAGCUUCUUCCUGUCUGUGACACCUGGGAAGACACAGUGUGGGCCUACUUCCGGGUGAUGGUGGACUGUCUUGUAGAACAGGAGAUCCGGACAUCAGUAAUGACUCUGGAUGAAACUGAAGAACUUCCUAGAGAAUAUUUGGAAACAAAUUGGACUUUAGAAAAGGUUUUUGAAGAACUUCAAGCUACUGAUAAAAAGAGAGUUCUGGAAGAGAAUCAAGAACACUAUCAUAUAGUUCAAAAAUUCCUUAUCCUGGGAGACAUUGAUGGUUUGAUGGAUGAAUUUAGCAAAUGGCUUUCGAAAGGCAGGAAUAGUCUACCUGGACACCUCCUCCGCUUCAUGACUCAUCUCAUUUUGUUUUUUCGAACUCUGGGACUACAAACCAAAGAAGAAGUUUCUAUUGAAGUUUUAAAAAUAUACAUACAGCUUUUAAUAAGUGAAAAACAUACAAAUCUCAUAGCAUUUUAUACCUGUCAUUUGCCUCAAGACCUAGCUGUUGCCCAGUAUGCAUUAUUUUUAGAAGGUGUUACAGAGUUUGAACAGCGCCACCAUUGCCUGGAGUUGGCUAAAGAAGCAGAUUUGGAUGUUGCAACAAUAACAAAAACUGUAGUUGAGAAUAUUCGAAAGAAAGAUAAUGGUGAAUUUAAUCAUCAUGACCUGGCUCCAGCCCUAGAUACUGGCACUACUGAGGAGGACCGCUUAAAGAUUGAUGUCAUUGACUGGUUGGUAUUUGACCCAGCACAGAGGGCAGAGGCACUUAAACAAGGCAACGCCAUAAUGAGAAAAUUCCUGGCAUCAAAAAAACAUGAAGCUGCAAAAGAAGUAUUUGUGAAAAUUCCUCAGGAUUCUAUAGCAGAAAUCUAUAAUCAAUGGGAGGAACAAGGAAUGGAAAGUCCACUUCCUGCUGAAGACGAUAAUGCUAUCAGAGAACAUUUGUGCAUUCGAGCUUAUUUGGAAGCCCAUGAAACCUUUAAUGAGUGGUUUAAGCAUAUGAAUUCAGCUCCACAAAAACCUACUUUGACACCUCAGGCAACUUUUACUGAGACAGUGGCUUAUGAACACAAAGAAAAGAAAUAUGAAAUGGAUUAUGGCAUUUGGAAAGGGCAUUUGGAUGCCCUAACUGCUGAUGUGAAGGAGAAGAUGUAUAACGUCUUACUGUUUGUUGAUGGAGGGUGGAUGGUGGAUGUUAGAGAGGAUGCUGAAGACGAUCAGGAAAGAGCACAUCAAAUGAUUUCACUGAGAAAGCUUUGUCUGCCAAUGUUGUGUUUUCUUCUUCACACCAUAUUACACAGUACUGGUCAGUAUCAGGAAUGUCUGCAGUUAGCUGAUAUGGUAUCCUCCGAGCGCCACAAAUUGUAUCUAGUAUUUUCUAAGGAAGAACUAAAGAAAUUGCUUCAGAAGUUAAGGGAAUCCUCCUUAAUGCUCUUAGACCAGGGACUCGACCCAUUAGGGUAUGAAAUUCAGUCAUAAUUCACCUAUUCUUUGUAAUCUCACUAAUUUCCAUGAUAAGUGGCGUUUUUUGUAAAAUAUACAUAUUUGUAAUUACUGGGUUUCUUUCUUUUGCAUUAUCAUGAGGGAGAGAAUGUAAAAUUUACAAAUUUGAAUUUUAUACUUUUUAGAAUAUUAUGAUGACACUUUGAAAUUUUAAUGUAUUAUGUCAGUAUUCCCCUGUGUUUAUUAAUAAAAUGAUAUAAAAAUUAAAAAUGUCUGUUCUUAUAAAUUCCA